AUGGGGAAACCACGAAUGAUCAUACUUGUUCGCCAUGCGCAGUCAGAAGGAAAUAAAAACAGAGAUAUCCACCAAACUACUCCAGAUCACCGGGUUAAACUUACCCCCGAAGGACAUCGUCAGGCACAGGAAGCAGGCCGCCGCUUGCGUGAUCUCCUGAAUCCUGAUGAUACCCUUCACUUCUUUACCUCCCCCUACCGCCGUACAAGAGAAACUACAGAGGGAAUGCUCGAAUCCUUGACCUCCGACUCGCCCUCCCCGUCUCCGUUUCCCCGACACACAAUCAAGGUCUACGAGGAGCCCCGGCUGCGAGAGCAGGAUUUUGGGAACUUCCAGCCAUGCUCUACAGAAAUGGAACGCAUGUGGAUGGAACGUGCAGACUAUGGUCAUUUCUUCUACCGUAUUCCCAACGGCGAGUCUGCGGCAGAUGCUUAUGACCGGGUGAGUGGGUUCAACGAGUCGCUGUGGCGACUAUUUGGCGAUGAAGACACCGCCAGUGUUUGCGUCCUGGUCACUCACGGUCUCAUGACGCGAGUGUUCUUGAUGAAGUGGUACCACUGGAGUGUUGAGUAUUUUGAGGACCUCCGCAACAUCAACCAUUGCGAGUUCGUGAUCAUGACCCACAAUCAGGACAACGGCAAAUACACUCUGCAAAACAAGUUGCGUACCUGGUCCGGCCUGAAAAAGGAGAGGGACCAAGAGAGGGACCGCGAACGCAAAACCAAGGGUACUGACACAUCUCCUAUCUCUCCUAUGGACAAUGUACCGAUUCGAAGAAAAUGGGGUGGCUGUCCAGAUGGUUGUAUUCAUGGCAUGGCCUCGGGUGCGAAGCAAUCCUUACGGACACAACUGAUAGAGUCUAUCAAGCAUGAAAACAACCACAAUGAGAAACCCCAGGCGGAGGGCAACAAUAAAAUCGACCAACCAUCUUCAGGGUCUCUCCGAUCCCCUGCGAAGUACAACAAGAGUUUUGACAACAGCUUCAGCUUCCCAAAGGGCAACGGGAUGCACCAGAAUAAUGACAGUGAUAAUAAUAAUAUUCAUCAGCCGGAUAAAGCGAGCGAAUAUCCAGCUACAGAAGGCGAGAACACCAAUAACGAUGACCGCCUACAUGGCACCAGCUCCGCAACCAAGGUCAACGGUUCUCGCUCUGGCAGACCCAAUCUUCAUAGCCUUCAGCGUGACAGCGAAGACCACCUUCUCCAUCCACCCGCUACAUCCUCAUCAACGGCCUGUCUCAAACUGGCCCUCCUCCACCUCGGUGGCCGAGACGGAGGCGGCUCCCUAAGCGGCGCUAACAGUCUCGCGCCAUCAGACGACGAAUCCUCCGACACGGAACACCAUAUUCCCCGAGGAGCGAUUCACAAACCAGUACAUUCCCAUUCCCAACUUCGUUCGCCACGCUCAGCCAUGAAUCCAUCACAGGAUCUCUCAGAAGACGGGGAUGACGAACUCAGCACCCAUCCCACUGAUGAUUCCAGAAAGUCGCGUCCGCAUGUACACCACCAUCACCAUCACCACCGACAUACUUCGUCGACGCCCUCUCUACCACACCAUCGCAUGGCGAAUAUCCUUGGCGACGGCGAUGACAUGUCCACGCACUCGCGAUCGGAACCAUCGCCGGAGCAUCAAGAGCGCCAAAGUGAAAAGCUCUCGCUAGAGGAACAGCAAGAACAAGACCAGAGUUUGCGCGGGAGCGUAUACUAG